CUACAAUGGAGAAAACCAAAAAGAGAGACGAAAAAACUAAAAAGAAGGAAACAGAAGAGAUAGAAACUCCCCAAGAAGAAGAGGAAGAAGAGAUCAUCGGAGAAGGUGACCACUCUGACGAAGACUUUGAAGGCGAAGAUGACAGUGAUAUGAGUGAAGAAGAGAUUAUGUUCAACAAAAUCCUCAAACGUCAGAAAGUUAAAGAAGACUCUGAUGAGGAGGAGAAGGAGAAGGAAACCCCUGAUGAUAAAAGCGAGGAUAACCUCCAAGCUGAUUUCGAAAUUGUUGCUCCUUGUGAAAGCUUUUUCCAUUCAAUUAAAAUGUUGAUACAGAAAUUGUGUGAUGAGCAGAAGUUUGAUAUCUCUGGCCUUGCUGAUGCUCUCAUCGAACAGCAAUCUCUUGGUUCUCUCCCUGUGACAACUUUGGACAUCGACCUUGACGCGAAAUAUAAAAAUUUAGAUGACAAAGAUUUUGAGAAAAUGAGAAUCAAGCAUAAUAAUGAUAGAGAUGUUUAUGGGAUUACCACCGUAAUCAACUUCUGUGACAGAGAAGAUAAACCCUUCCUCGAAGAGAUCUAUGGCUACGUUAUGUACAAAGCAAAGAAGUUUCUCCAGAAAGAUCAAAUCAAGAAAUUCAUUAGCAUUCUGAACAGCAAAAAGAUCGGGCUUUUUAUUAAUGAGAGAUAUCUAAACCUUCCUGUGAACUUAAUUCCUGAUCUGCUAAAGGGCAUUGUCGAGGACAUUAACUUCACUAAGCAGCAGGAUGAUGUAGAAAACCCAGAGGCAUAUGACUUCGACUACUUCAUUGGCAUGGCUAAAAUAUCCUCUGACAACCUGUACUACAAGCCUGAAGAAGAGCGGUUUAUCGAAAAGUCAGUGAUAAGUUUCAAGUUCUCAUGAAAAUCUGAUGAAAACCAAGAGCAAUAUAAGAGAGUUAUCUACCUCUUGAAGUAUUCCAAGUUCAGGAACAUUGUCGAAAAUAUUGAUGGUUUGUUCAAAGAAAAAGAAUAAUUUGCAACUCAAUUUCUGAUA